AUGAUCGAGUUCCUGGCCAUCUUCAUUAACCCUGGUGCAGCCGACAACUACGCCGGGUACGGCAGACGCGCGUGCGCGGACCUCUUCAUGGAGACCGGGCGGUGGUCCGCAACUUGGCCUUCAGGGCGUCCCCCUCACUGCUGCGCCGUGCUCGCGGUGGCGCCACUGCUUCGCGGCAAGGGCGCCGGCGCGAAGCUGUUCGACCGCGUGAGCCCCUCGUUCCUCGAGGCCGUCCGCCGCAUGCUAGCGCUCUUGGGCCUCAAGGAGGCCGCCAGGUGCACCUUGAAGGCCUCCGGGGCUGGUAAGGCCACCUCACUCGCAGCCGCCUGGUCGCCUAGCGGCGUCAUUGUGGCAGCUGUCGAAUGGAAAUCGUCUGCGUUCUGCCGGUAUUGCCAGGCCGACGAGAUGUCGGCCACUGCCGUCCUCGAG